UAUCGUACACAGUCCGUAAACAUGGUGAAUUUUGACAUUAGGCAUGUGGAGGAAAUGUAUAGAUUCAAACAGGUCAGGCCGUUGAGUUGAGGCCACCUCGGUAUCGACAUAAUUCCGAAUUAGUGCAUUUGGCUAAGACGUUGUUCAGAUCCUGUACGCCAUAUCUCAGACAGCAGAUGAGGGGGUUAGGUGUAGGGUGUCACCAGGAUCGACUGUAUGUGGAUAUCAGACCUCUUCAAGUUGGCAAUGAGCUGAACUACAUCGCACUGUGGAACACUGGAAACACUACCUACUACAGGCAGAUAGUGGACAUACAAGAGGAGUUACUUCAGGGUGGUCCUGUUAUUCAUCCUUUUGACAAAGGGAUCUGCGACAUGCAUCCUCUAGGUAGUGCAAAACAAUACCUCACCUUCCAGUUUCAUCAGAAUGGACUCUGCUCCACGACAGAGCAGCUAGCAUUCUGCAAUCAAACCUUACCAUUCCGCAAGGAGGAGGCUAGAAAGUUGCAGGAGCGAAUGACUUCAGCUGCUGGAUUUGGUCGCCUGCCCAGAGCGGACCUCAAUCCGGACAUACAGAAAUGUCUUGUUGAGUUAUGCGGGGGAUGUCCGGCGACAGGUCAUCUGUGGGAUGACAAAGUGAAAGCAUGUUCUGUGAUGGUGGACAAGUUCAUCAACCGAGCAACCAGAGUCUUCCCUGAUCUGACAGACCGGGCGACCUUCUUUGACACCGAGACGGCAGAGUCUACAGCGUCCACUCCCUCGCCUGUCAUGACAGCAACAUCUGUGUUGAAAACAUUCAGCUGUACUCUUUGUUAA